GAUCUCUUUUCUUUCCUCAGAAACGGAUGUCCUCACUACAUUAUCAAUAAAAGCUGAAGCUCGCUUGUUUUCUGUACCGCUGCAGCUGAAAAUAAUAUAAACUUUUUAUUUUGCGGACUGAUGAGUGAGAGUUGAAGUUCGGACAGCAGCUCUGAGUUGAAGAUGCAGACCUCUAAGAGCUUUCGGUUGGAUGAUUUUAUCGCAGGAUGGAUCGGCGGAGCUUCCAGUGUGGUGGUGGGCCAUCCGCUGGACACAGUGAAGACGCGGCUCCAGGCGGGGAAAGGCUACAAGAACACUUUGCACUGCGUCCUCACCAUCUACAGGAAGGAAACGGCCGUGGGGUUCUUUAAGGGCAUGUCCUUCCCGCUGGCCAGCAUCACUGCCUACAACUCAGUCGUGUUCGGCUUCUUCAAUAACACACAAAGACUUAUUAGCCAGUAUCGCUAUGGUGACGGGCGGCAUCCCUGCGGCAUGGCGGACCUGACUGUGGCCAGCAUGCUGACUGGACUGGUGUCAGUGGGCCUGGGAGCCCCCGUGGACCUGGUCAAGAUCAGACUACAAAUGCAGACACAGAUGGUUCUAGCAGAGAAUUUAAACCUCGCCGGCAACGUCUCAAACGGCACCAACAUCCCCCUGCGCUCCAUGGACAUGCCCAGCCAGAGACUCUACCGAGGCCCCAUCCACUGCAUCAGCAGCAUCCUUCAGACCGAGGGCCUGCAGGGCCUGUACAGGGGUGCCGGGGCCAUGAUCCUCAGGGACGUUCCCGGAUACACGCUCUACUUCAUCCCGUACACCAUCUUUUGCGACCUGCUGAAACCAGACGCCACCACGGGCCUUCAUCCUGCUUCCAUCUGGCUGGCUGGAGGACUGGCAGGGUCUAUUUCCUGGGUCACUGCCACGCCGGCUGAUGUGGUGAAGAGUCGAAUGCAGGCCGACGCUCAGCUGCAGAGGAAGUACAGAGGGAUCUUACACUGCAUCCUCCACAGCUACAAGACUGAGGGCGCACAGGUUUUCUUCCGUGGGGCUUCCGUCAACGCCAUCCGAGGCUUCCCGAUGAGCGCCACCAUGUUCCUGACCUACGAACUCUCCCUGCAGUUCUUCAGGAGCCUUUAAGACAAAGGAAACAUUUUGGUGCUAAAAGGAAUCACACUCAGAUUUUUGGCAAAUAAGCAAACCAGAGAUUAGUCAAAGUCAGCAGCUGGCUCACAGCUGCUGUAAAUGACCAAACAGGUGAACCACCACUGACCUUCUAACCAAACAGAGAUGGGUCAUUGAUCUCUCUGUUCCAGUGCAGAGCUUUGGCUUUAAUCAUUUCAUGAUUGAGUAAGAAGAUCUUACUUGUAGUACUUUAUAUAAUUGGUUUCAGUGAGUCUAAAAAUGCAACUACACAUGGUAAAUGCUAAAAUAUUAGCAUGGCAAAGCUAACAGGCGACACAUGGAUAUUGCUGGUGUCAUUAUUUAAUGGACAAAUUGAGUAUUUCUAAAGCAAAUUUACCAAAAACCUGUUUGUGUUCCUUUGACAUUAUGUUGACUGUUUGGAAUCAGAUCCUGAAACAAAGAAAUUAAUCUUUGUUCGCACACCUGCAGCUUUUUCUUGGUAGAGACCAUUAUUCACAAACAUAGUACACAAACAUCAUUCACUGACUUGUGAUUUUUGAGUUGAAUUCUGCAGACGUUUAGGUUAUAUCCAGGCGGAAUUUGGUUGAAAUGUAAAAGGUUUUUUUAGUUAGUUAUUUGCUUAUUUGCAUUUUAACGUAAUUUAAAUGGGAAAGUUCAAUACGACCCUGUAUGGAACUUAGCUAAGUUUAAGCCAGAAGUCUUAUAGCCCAAAAAUAACAAAUCAAUGUUUUUGUUUAUCUGUACUUUUAAGAUUUAUUUACCUGUAAGAAUGAAAUAUGAAUGUUUUUUUAAAGGAUGCAACAUUUUCACUACAACUGAAUCUAAAUUUAACAUCUCUCACCUUUUGAUUUGUUUUUCCAGUCUAUUUUAGGUAUAUUGUUUUUUUUACACCUCAAAAGUUAAAUUUUAUUGAUUUUCACUGUCAGUUUUACAAUAUUUCUUUUAAACCUAUCAUCAAAUUCACAUCUAAAUGAGUUUGCAUUGAAUUGACUGCUCUUCAUAUUGUAUUGAAAAUGACACAUCCAUUUUAUUCACAACAUGAAUCGGUGCCUUCCAAAGCACAUGGACUGUAUGUGCGUCCCAUGUUACCGCCCACUUGUACAUAUUAUGUUUGUGUGUUUCUUAUAUUAAGAAAAGUGAGUUUUACAAGUUAAUUUUGAACUCCACGUUACCACAAACCUGUUUCCUAUAAUAUAGUUUGUGCAUGAAUUCAAAUAUAUGUGACUUUUUGCAGUACAGUUACAUUAUAGCUUUAUUAAGUCUGCUGCAAAAGUAGAAUCACUAAUCACUAUUUAACAGUUACACAGCAUGUACAGCCAAGUAUGCACUAAGGAAGUUUUCAUUCUAAAAUGAGAUCCACCUGAGUCUCAUUUUUGAGUGAUUAUUUUCGAAGAAAUGCCUUUGUGUGCCUAAUAGCUAUAUUUUAAAUAGUUUUUCUGUAAAUACUUGUAAAUAUGUACACUGCCAUUCCUGAUGGUGGGGAAACAGAAUUGUCUUAUUGUAAAUAAAUAAAGCUUUUAAACUCA